GCGGGAGCGCCCGCCCGAUCCUCAGCGCGGGGCGCGGCCAUUGGUGACGCACGCCGGGGAGCACGGCGCCCACGUUUCCACCAUUGCCUUAGCGCGGCCUCACACCCGGCGCUCGGAGUCCGGGGCUGCGGGCGUCCUCGCUUCCUCCCUCCCGGAGGCGGGCCCGACCCCGCCCCCGCGCCCCGGGUGGCUCCCGGCGGUCCCUCCUACCUCCUACCCUCGGCCUCCCCGGCGCGGCGCACUCCCCGCCGGCCGCAGCCUGACACGCCGCGCGGCCCCCCAGUCUCCCCGGCCGCCUCCCCCAGGCAUGGCCCAGGGCCUCGCCUCACUAUGGCAGCAGCACGACACAGCACCCUUGACUUCAUGCUCGGCGCCAAAGCUGAUGGUGAGACCAUUCUGAAAGGCCUCCAGUCCAUUUUCCAGGAGCGGGGGAUGACGGAGUCGGUGCACACCUGGCAGGACCAUGGCUAUUUAGCGACCUACAUAAACAAAAACGGCAGCUUUGCCAAUUUGAGAAUUUACCCGCAUGGAUUGGUGUUGCUGGACCUUCAGAGUUACGACGGUGAUGCGCAAGGCAAAGAAGUUGACAGUCUUUUGAACAAAGUAGAAGAAAGAAUGAAAGAAUUGAGUCAGGACAGUACUGAGCGGGUGAAGCGAUUACCACCCAUAGUUCGAGGAGGGGCCAUUGACAGAUACUGGCCCACUGCAGAUGGCCGCCUGGUUGAGUACGACAUAGAUGAAGUGGUAUAUGAUGAAGACUCACCUUACCAGAACAUUAAAAUUUUACACUCAAAACAAUUUGGAAAUAUUCUCAUCCUCAGUGGGGAUGUUAAUUUGGCGGAAAGUGAUCUGGCGUAUACCCGGGCCAUCAUGGGCAGCGGCAAAGAAGAUUACACUGGCAAAGAUGUACUGAUUCUAGGAGGCGGAGAUGGGGGCAUAUUAUGUGAAAUAGUCAAACUGAAACCAAAGAUGGUCACUAUGGUAGAGAUUGACCAAAUGGUGAUUGACGGAUGUAAGAAAUACAUGCGAAAAACAUGUGGUGAUGUCCUAGACAAUCUUAAAGGAGACUGCUAUCAGGUUCUAAUAGAAGACUGUAUUCCAGUACUGAAGAGGUACGCCAAAGAAGGGAGAGAGUUUGAUUAUGUGAUUAAUGAUUUGACAGCUGUUCCAAUCUCCACAUCUCCGGAAGAAGAUUCCACAUGGGAGUUUCUCAGACUGAUUCUUGACCUCUCAAUGAAAGUAUUGAAACAGGAUGGGAAAUAUUUUACACAGGGGAACUGUGUCAAUUUGACGGAAGCCCUGUCACUCUAUGAAGAACAACUGGGGCGCCUGUAUUGUCCUGUGGAAUUCUCGAAGGAGAUCGUCUGUGUCCCUUCAUACUUGGAAUUGUGGGUAUUUUACACUGUUUGGAAGAAAGCUAAACCUUGAAAAUCAAUCUCCCCUAAUCAUGUGUGCUGCAAAUAGCCUUCCUGACCUUCGUAUGCUGUACAUGACAUCGAAAGGAGUCAGGCAAUUGAUUGUGAAUUCCUUCAAGUUUCCUUUUUUUAAUUAUUUUUUAAUUUAAAAGUCAAAUGCAAAAUGUAUAUUUUGAUGAGCUAGGGUGUUAUUUUUUUGAAAGUCAGCUGAAGGAUGAUUAGACAGCACAGUGAAGGCUGCUAAAUGCACUGAACCCCUAGAAUGUGAUUUUUGUUUUUGUUUUUGUUUUUCUGUGUGGGCUUUUUUUGUUUCUGUUUUGGUAGACUUCGAAUUUGGUUGUUUGGAGGAAUGAAUAUCAUUGUUUUCUUCUGGAGGGAAGCUCUUGACGGGAGUUUCUUUCCCCCCCAAAUUGACAUAGGUAUUACAAUUUGGUGCUUAUAAGGAAAGACUUUAAAAAAUGAAUAGCAAUGCUUCGAUUAAAAUUACAAAUGAGAAA